AUGAGCCUGUCCCAACUCCCUCGCGAGACUCGCCAGAAGAUCUUUGAUCUGGUCAUUUGCUCUCCAGAUACGCCACCAGCCUCUCCCUCAGCCACUCAGCAUUCGCGAAGUCGUGGGAUUCGCGACAGAGGAAUCUGGUGCAUCCAGCCAGAAAAUCCCGCCCUCAGCCUCCUCUUGGUAAACAGACAGUUUAACGACGAGGUCCGGAAGGUCCUUGACUUCAUACCCGCCGACUACUUUGUUGACAUCAUGUUUGUCAAGGAUUAUGGUCUUUGGCCUACCUGGCAUAUUCCAGUUCUCCCACGAACGAAGUACAUCAAGUCUAUCAACGCCACAUUCCGGCUCUUUGAUCCCACCGAUGACCUAGAUCCCCGCUUCAGGGGCAGCAUGGACUUCUCUGGCGGCGACGGUGGGCCAGAGGGAGCUGCGUGGUCAUUCUAUUACUUGUUGACAGGAGUUCUUCAAAAGGGACCGGGAGACUUGGGACACUUUGAUGAGUACUUCAUCGAGGAUAUUACCGUCAAUAUUCUUGAACCAACAGAUGGAGCUUCCCACAAGAGCAUCGCAUGUGGAGAUCGAGAGCUCGAGCUAGGCAAUAAACCACGUCGGUGUUUUGCUAGGAAGCUCUUCUCUGACGAGGCUAUCAAGCCAGAGGAGCGACUUGCCAUGUAUAUGGCGAGCAAUUUAGGCAGGGUUCUAAGCCUUGACUACCACACUACGAAUUACGGGAUGAUACUAUGGGAGCAUAUUAUGGUUGGCAUCGUGCUCAAUCUGAGCGGUUCGGAGUAUAGGCGGUUCGGAAUGGAAGAGUUGAUUGAGGGGCAUAGAAUCCGAGACUGGGGGAUGACGCCCGAAUACAUUGCGGAGCGCAAGGAGAAGUACGAACGUUGGAGGUAUUGGCUGGAUGAAAGGAGGCGACUAGUGAAGGGAGGUCUCAGGUUGAAUGGCGAGCGUCCUGUGUCAUACAUUAUGUAG